CCUCUCUCUUUUUCUCUCUAAACAUUACUAAUGGGACAGUCAAACCAUUCAUACUCUAAAGCUUGUGCAGUUGCUCUUACAAUUUCAUAUCUGAUAGUAGCAACUUCAGCWGGAAGUUUUUACGAUGACAUUGACAUUACUUUUGGAGGUGAACGUGCUAAAAUACUCAAUGGUGGUCAGGAUCUCACACUUUCGCUCGAUCAAUACUCUGGCUCUGGUUUCCAGUCCAAGCAUGAGUACCUCUUCGGUAGAUUCGACAUGCAACUGAAACUAGUACCUGGCAACUCUGCUGGCACAGUCACCACAUUCUAUUUGUCAUCACAAGGUGCGGGACAUGAUGAGAUAGACUUUGAGUUCUUGGGCAACUGUGGGCGUGUGAAGGCAGACUGGACUAAAGCACCGUUUACUGCUUCCUACAGGAAAUUCAAUGCCAAUGCCAAAAGAGUUGGUACUAAUUCAAWGUCAACAAGCUCUGAAUCUGACAACCAGGCGUGGAGUACUCAAGGACUUGAUGCAGCUGGCCGAAACAGGAUUAGAUGGGUGCAAAACAAGCACAUGAUCUACAACUACUGCAGUGACCRCAAACGGUUUCCCAAUGGUCUACCUGCUGAAUGCAAGAACUCUAGAUUCCUUUAA